AUCAUUUGAUACUAGCAUGGGUUUAAAAGUUAUUUUUUAAAAUAUUUUAUUUUUAAUAAAAAAAUAAAAAAGCAUUUUACUAAAAAGAAAAACUAUAAAUGCGCUUGCGUAUCAUGACUUUUCGACAUCGGCGUCGACGCGACCCUUGCCUCGUUUUGUUGGCGCAUCUUGCGAUUGUAUUAGUAAUUCUAAUAGUAUAUAUAUAUAUCUCUAAUGAGAAAUUUCCAACCCAAAAAGGGGUAAGUUGGUUAUCGUUGACAGUAGAACUAGUGUACGUCCAACGACGAGGACGACGGGGUUACUACACGACGGUGGUAACGACACCAUGCCGUCGUUUAUUAUCACACAUAAUCAACAUCAGAAUAAAAUAAGACAAGUAUGAAUGCAAGUGGUGAAUCUGGCGGGACAAUGUCCGGCGAUGAUUAUACUGAAAGUUGCACAAGCAGUGAAGAAGAUACUGGUGCUAAUUUACCAUCAUGGGAAGCAGCAGCAGCAUCAUUAACUCUUGGUUUUUUAGUAUUAGCAACAGUAUUAGGGAAUGCCUUAGUAAUAUUGUCAGUGUUUACAUACCGGCCAUUACGUAUAGUUCAAAAUUUUUUUAUAGUAUCACUGGCAGUUGCUGAUUUGGCAGUAGCAAUACUGGUAAUGCCAUUUAAUGUUGCAUAUUUAUUAUUGGGUAAAUGGAUAUUUGGUAUUCAUUUAUGUAAAUUAUGGUUAACAUGUGAUGUAUUGUGUUGUACAGCAAGUAUACUUAAUUUGUGUGCCAUAGCCCUUGAUCGUUAUUGGGCAAUAACAGAUCCAAUAAAUUACGCACAAAAACGUACAUUAAAACGUGUAUUAGGAACAAUUGCCGGUGUAUGGAUAUUAUCUGGUGCAAUAAGUUCACCACCAUUGGCCGGAUGGAAUGAUUGGCCUGAAGAAAUAGAACCCGGUACACCAUGUCAAUUGACCCAACGUCAGGGUUAUGUUAUUUAUUCAUCACUAGGUUCAUUUUUUAUUCCCCUAUUGCUAAUGAGUCUCGUUUAUUUAGAAAUAUUUUUAGCAACACGUCGACGUUUACGUGAACGUGCACGUCAAAGUCGUUUUGGUAUUGUUUCAUCAACGCGUAAUCGUGGUGGCGCUGGUGGUAAUGCUGGAACUGGUGGUAAUGGUGGUCGGGGGGGUCCUGGUGGCAGUCAUGAUCCAGAUGACGCUGAAGAAUCUGUUAGUAGUGAAACAAAUCACAAUGAACGUACGAUUACAACACGUGUACACGGUAAACCAAGUUUAGUUGUUGUUGAAGAUGAUGCUGCUACUGAAGUAACACUAAAUCCAACUCCAUCACGAAUUGGUAAACGUUCGGGUAAUAGUGAGAAAAAUAAUCAAACUCCAACAGUUACUACAACAAAUCCAAAUGCUACAACUACAACUACAACCACAACAACCGUUUAUCAAUUUAUUGAAGAACGUCAGAGAAUUUCGUUAUCUAAAGAACGACGUGCUGCACGUACACUUGGUGUUAUAAUGGGUGUUUUUGUUGUAUGUUGGUUACCAUUUUUCCUCAUGUAUGUUAUUGUACCAUUUUGUCCGGCAUGUUGUCCAUCUGACCGUAUGGUUUAUUUUAUAACGUGGCUUGGUUACAUCAAUAGCGCACUUAAUCCACUUAUUUAUACAAUAUUUAAUCUUGAUUAUAGACGCGCAUUUCGUCGGCUAUUACAUCUCGGUUGAUAUUAUAUUAUUUUAUCGGUUAAAUUAUUUAUUAUUUUAUCUUAAUAAGGAAUUGCCACCUUUUCAAAUUUUUUCUCUCUUUACUACAUUUAUAUUUUAAAAGUAAGUUAUUUUAUUACGACUAUAAACAUCAGAUGCAGUCCGAAAAUUAUCUGUUUUAAUCUUACGGUACAUUUUUCUCGAAAUCCAAUAUCCGUUAGUUAUUUGUUGCAGUGAAAUUAAAUAAACUCACAAAUAUUAUAGUAAAACAUCAAAACCGUUUUUCUAUCAAAAAGUUUCUAUUAAAAUUGAAUAUCGUAGUAAAAAAAAAAAUAUACUGACAACCUGGUUGUGGUACAGUCGGUCACUCUAUUAAUUACUUCCCCUUCGCUAACUGAUGUCGGCUUUUUAAUUUCUACAUAACAACAAAACAACGAAAAUUUCAUAAAUUUUAAAUAUUAAAAUUUUUUUUAGUUUAUGAGAAAAAUGUAUCAAAAGGGCGUUAAUUACUUUUGUAAAAAAACAAUUUGAAAGUUGGCAGUUCCAAAAAAAUUAAAUAAAAAUAAAUAUAAAUUUUGUCGUACUAAGCCAAUAUCCCGUAAAUUGAGAUUUUUCUCAAUAAAUUCUAUAAUUUUUGGGUGAAUCCAAAUAACUGGAAUAUAAUUUUUCCAACCCAAAAUUAUAGAUUUAAGGUUGUAUCGAUUAAAUAUAAUGAAAAAAAAAAUUUUUCUACGAAAUUGACCAAGACUUCAAUUUAGAUUAGUGAAUAAAAAAAAAAAAUAAUAACAAUAAUAAAUAAAAAGGUUGUAAUUGUAUUUAAAUAAUAUUCCUGAAUCAGGAAUUUGUAAUAAUUUUUUUUUUUUUUAUAAACGUAUGUCUGCAUUUUCCCUCAAUUUUAUUUUCUUUACAAGACGCACAUAUUUUAUUCUCUCGUCGAUAAGUGUCUUGGAUCCUACGGCAAAUCGAGAAAAAUGGAAAAAAUUUAAUGUAAAUUGAGCGAAGGCUGCGUCAUGUAAAAAUAAAGAAAAUAACUUUAGUAUUGAUAAAAAAAAAUCGGCAGAUAAACGUUUAAAAAUUUCUUUUUUUUCGUCAAAAAAAGUAACAUUAUACUUAUCAUUAUUAAAAUAAUAUAUCGAAAAUAACUUUUUAGCAACGACGAAGACUUGUGUAGAAUCGGUAGUGAACCUCUACCAAUCGUUAUUAUAUUAUACUAAUUCCAAGUAUUAAGGUUGUGAGUAUUAUUAAAAAAAACAGAAAAAAAUUAUAACUAAAAAAAAAAAAUCAAGAAACAAAAAAAUCUAUAUAAGAACAAUGAACAUUUAAAAAUAAUAAUAAAAACAAUAAAAAUAAAAUGAAAAUUCUUACGUAAGUCGUACAGCAUAUCGACUUAGCCAUUAUGCGAUAACGUUUUAAUGAAAAAAAAAAAAUAAUAAUAAUAAUAAGUAAGAAUUUUAACUAAAUGUCCGAUAUGCACUCGGAAUAUUAUUAUUAUAACUCUAAUAAGGUUGUGAUAAGGUUGUGAGAUAUACAAUUAUAUAUAUUAAUUCUUAGCCGUGCUUUGAAUGGAAAACUUAAUAAUUUAAAUAAAAAAAUAUGAUAUUCAUAUUAUUAUAAUUAUUAUUGUGAUUAUAAUUAUUAUUAGAGGUGAAGAAUUCAUUACUUUCCUGGAUAAUUGAAAGUUUUGAGACAUUUCUACGUGCUCUGUUGUUUGAGAAUAAUCGAUAGACUACCGAGUUGUGACAUUAUAUAUAUCUAAGUAAAGUAUCACAUCCCUAUAUCUAAAACCAGGUACAGGAACAAAACCGCCAUCGAGUAUUGCACGAUAUGAACUUUGUUUAUGAGACUCGGAGGUUUUAUGUUUCUACAACUUUAAAUUGUUUUACUAUAACACUACAUCUAGUAUAGUCAUGUCUAGAUGUCUAGUCUACAGUUAUAUAUGACUUUAAUAUUGUUCACUAUUAGAAUCGGAUGCAUAUAGUGUCAAAUUUCAUUGCUAUUGUAAAUUCAAUUUUGAACUUUGAUUAAUUGCUGUCGGUAUGCAAUAGAAAACAAUUUUUCACCGAACCUGCACCGAGAGUUUAAAUUCCUGAGCUUAGAGGGAAGAAAGUCAUAUUUUUCUCUUAUGGAAAUAAAUAAUAAAAAUUAGAGCAUGCGCCAUUUUUCAAACAGAUUAAAAUUUAAACUUUCAGGUGCAAAUCUGGUGAAAAAUCUUAUGCACACCACAGAAGAGGUAGGACGUCCCAUCUGCAUGAUUGCCAUUAUACAUGCGGCUUGGAAAAUCCUAAUUUCCGCUCCUGGUGUGUAAUAGGGUGGGUUGAAAAAAAACUUUUUUUUUGUUUUUCUUAGCAUGGGGGUAGAAUUUGUACCUUAUAAAAAAAAAAAUUUUCCAAGAAAAAAAAAAUUUUUUUACUCAACAUUUUGAGGUGGCCCACUCGUUUUUAAAAUAAAUAAUUGAUCAAACGGGGUAGUCCCAACGAAAAAAAUUACAUGGUGUUCUAGAAUCUGUAGGGUGUCCCCUUGAAAGCUAAUUAAAAGUCAGAAGUUGAAAAAAAUUUUUUCCUAUUAUUUUUGUAAUUUAAGUAAAAAAUCAAAAAAUGAAAAGCAUUUUCUUUUGAAUUAAAACGAAAGUGAAGUAAGAAAAAAUCACAUUCGACAAUUAUUAGAUGUUUUCCACAAUUUUGGACAAAAAAAAAUUUUUUCGUUGGAACUACCCCGUUUAAUCAAUUAUUUAUUUAAAAAACGAGUGGGCCACCUCAAAAUGUUGAGUAAAAAAAUUUUUUUUUUUUAUAAGGUACAAAUUCUACCCCCAUGCUAAGAAAAACGAAAAAAGUUUUUUUUCAACCCACCCUAGUGUGUAAUAUACUAUUAGAUCACGGGAGUAAAUUAAAACAAUAGAUUCAUUUUUUAUAAAUAUUAAAUUUUUUUUUUUUCAAUAGUCACUACUCGGUUGCCUUGAAAAAAAAUCUUGAGAUGGUACAUAGAUGUAUGAUAAGCCGAUUCUCCUUGAGCUACUCUUAAAUAUGUAUAUAUAUAUAUCGUGAAUUUUAGUCUCUUCUUUCUUCUAGCCUUUCAUUUUUAUCUUUACUUAACUCUUUUAAGAUACAUUAUUGUCUUAUUAUGUUUAAGUGAGUAAAAAGAUAGUCAAGGGAUUUAAUCUUUUGUUUAAAGUGUACUAGAAUAUUCUAUUGAAAUAUGAUAGGAUCUUUAUAUUGAAACAAUUACGCUUUAUUUUAUUAAUUAAUAUUCUUAUUUGUAAAUAAUAUAACAUAAAUAUUUUUUUUAUAUUUUUAGUGAAAAUUAAAUUGAAUUUAAAUAAAUGAGCUCUAUAGCAAAAGUGGUUGUUGUUAAGAAAAAAAAAGUUGACUAAAAAUAGCAUGAAGAAAAAAAAAAAGGAAAUAACUAAAGAGAAUGAAAAAGCACUACUUCUCGAGAGUGUUUACUUGGUCAAAUAACUCUUCGUGCUGUUGUUAAAAAAAGGCUACUCAUGCGGCUUUCAAGUCAUUUUCAUUUCUCGUAAAAAGGGAAAUAAAAAAGUAAAUCAUAAAAAAUAGCUAAGAAUUAUUAAUGGCUAUAAACACGAAAAAUACUUCAAAGUAAUUAUGAGUUUGAGGGUUAAAAUUAUAUUUAUUUUAUGAGCUUUAAUUAAUUUUAAAAUACUGCUCUAAUUCACAAACAUAAAAUACAUUUUUUUAACAAUUCUAAAAAAUCUAUAAUUAAAAACUUUUAAAGUUUCUUUAUGUUUAUUUAUUUUUUAAGUGUACGCACUGCUCUACCAACUGAACUAUCCAAGAUUCUAGUUUAUAAGUUACAUUAAUUUAUUUUUUAAGUGUACGCACUGCUCUACCAACUGAACUAUCCAAGAUUUUAGUUUAUAAGUUACAUUAAUUUAUUUUUUAAGUGUACACACUGCUCUACCAACUGAACUAUCCAAGAUUCUAGUUUAUAAGUUACAUUAAUUUAUUUUUAUACAAAUACCUCCAACAUUGAUGCCUUCCCUUUAUUGUAGUUUUUAAAUAUCUUGUUUAAAAUAAUUUACACAAAGAAUAUCUCAAGGAGAAUAUUAGGGCCUGGUUGCCCAUGACGUAAUCUUUACAUUAUCUAAAGAAAAAAAAAAUAAUUAUAGGUAUAUAUAUAUAUAUAUAUAUUUAUGUAAUUUACGCAUACGAGUGAAUAAUAAAUAAAAUUAAUCACUCAUAUUCGUACUUUACCGUAUAGAUAAAUAAUAAAUUUAAGUGAUAAAAUAAAAAAAAAUACUCAGUUGGUUGUGAUUUAUAAGUAUAGCAAUAUACAGGAAGCCGGUGGGAGUUAAGUCAUUUUGGUGAAAUUUUAUGCCUGAAUGUGUUCUUAAUAGAAAAUGGAAUAAUAAUAAAAAUGAUAUGUUUUGUCAAACAGAUAAAGAGAAAAGAUAUUACUUAUUUUAAAAUUAUCUCAAUGUUUAAAUCCACGUAUAUUUGAAUUUAAUGAAUUUAAAUCUUAUGAAUACAUAAAAUAUGUGCAAGUAAAUAAGGACGUAUUAUACUUAAUAAUGAUGAAUUAAAAAAUAUAAAGGAUAAAUUACUUAUGGUAAUUUAUUAAAGAUUUAAAAAAAAAAUUUAGAGUGAAAACGAAAUAAAAGUUAAAGAAUAAGAAUUUAAAAAAAAAAGACAUAACUCCUCUGGCAUUUUUUCGACUGCGUGUAAAUAAUUCUCCCUGAAUAACAAAAAAAGAUCAGUCGAUUAAUUGAAAUAUAAAAAAAUAAUAAUAAUAAUGUUACCACAUGAGUAAUUAUUAAAAUAAAAAUGAAAAUUUAUUUACAAAAAGAAAUUUAUUAAUUAUAAGUGAAAUAUUAAUUAGCUUUAAUUUAUUGUUAUUUAUUUAUUAUUUUUAAUAAAUUUUAAUUAUUAAAUCCAGUAGUUAUUUCAUUAUCACAAGCAAUAAAUAACAGUAAUUAUUUUUAAAUUAAAUUUCAAGGGAAUAUGGGACAAAAUCAAAUCAUUUUUUUUUUUUUUUUGCCUCAAUAAUAGUAUCCAAUUUUGACCCGAAAAUUUACCGAAAAUAUCGUGUCUCAUUUUGCCCCGGAUCCCUCCAUUUAAUAAAAUUAUCAACCGCAAUAAAAAUAUAUAUAACUAACGAAACAAUAAAUGGUUUAAUUAUUGGAUUUAAUAAUAAAUAAAUAAAUAUUGUACAAAAUAAUAAAAUAAUUUAUAUAAUUUUUACCUUUCGUCCUUGCGUAAAAUAAAAUAUAUAAAAAAAAAAAUUAAAUUAAUAUAAAUAAAAUUGUGUAUUUGAUUUUACAAAGUUAUUUAUAAUUUAUAAAUGAAUAAAUAAAAAAAUAAUUAAAAAAAUGAUCAAGCUAUGUUGAUAAUUAGCGUUUAUUUUAUAUAGUUUUAUAAAGAUAAAAAAAAAUAUUAAUAAUAAUAAUAAAGUUUAAAGCUAUUUCAAGAAAUGGAUUGAGUAGAGGGUGAUUUUUUAAGUACGCAGGCGUGGAAAAUAGUCGAUAUAUGUGCCGGUAAAGCUUGCCUGAGCCCCAGGACUCACCUGACGUGUCCGAUAACAUAGAAUAGUGCACUAGUAUAUAUAUAAAUAUAUAUAUAUAGGCCAAAGACUAAAUAAUCCAUUUAU